CUUAGAACCACACUACAAGGUCAGUGAACACAAGUAUAUAUCCACCGACACCAUCGUCCACGGCGCAGCCAGCGCUGCAGAAACAGAGAACCGCCCGUAGUCAUCGUCGGCCACCAUUGAUUCAAUUACCAACAGACUCCCUCCGCGGGACUCGCUUCCCCAUUCCUCGUCAUCCUCUCUAUCACUGGCAUCCCUUCCUGCCACUGUUGCUGCGUCGGAUUCCUCAUUUUCCUUCUCUUCCCCCCCCCUCAACUCUUCCGUUGUCGCUGCUGUCUCACCCAGUCUAAUUCCAGCGACUCGUUCCAGAUCUGAACGAGAGCAGGGCAGCACCAGCUCUCAUUUACCUCAACUCUCCACAACAACCGACGACGAUAAUCACAGAGCUCGCAAGAGACAAAGAACAGGCGACAUCUCUUCUACUACCCCAGCCAACAUGAGGCAGCCGGAUUCUGAUAUCGAUUCUCAACUCUCCGUUUCUCCUGAUUUCGCUAUCUCCACCAUGCACGCUGGUCCUUCUUCAUUAGGCCUUGAUGGACCGACCCAGUCAGCGACCAAUGGCCAUACCAUCACCGCUAUCAAUGUCACCACCAAGGGCAGUACUAGUCAUAACGGUCAGGUGCAGUCGAACGGCACUAGCAAUGGCUUAACAAGUGCACUAUCGAACGCGCUUGCCCAAAAGCACGGAAAGGCGGUCGCCAGGGUGAAUUUACCGGGUACCAUGUUGUAUAAUGAUAUGACUCUCGAUCGGGAGGAGUAUGUCAGGCUCGUUAUACAGAGUCUGCGGGAUGUGGGAUACACUCAGUCAGCGGACACGCUCGAAGCAGAGUCAGGGUUCUCAAUGGAAAUAUCAGAUGUAACGCAUUUCAGGCAGUGUAUCUUGGAUGGUGUGUGGGACAAGGCAGAGGCGGCUUUGACACGCUUAGGCGUUACAUACGCAGACGGGCUGAUGGACGCAAAGUUUCUGAUCAUUCAACAAAAGUACCUGGAACUCCUCGAGGCAGAGAAGACAACAGAUGCUUUACAUGUCCUACGCAAUGAACUCGCACCUUUGAACGUUGAACCGGAUCAGCUUCAUACAUUAUCAAGUCUGAUAAUGUGCUCGGAACCUGAUGAUCUUCGGCAACGAGCAGGUUGGGAUGGUGCUUCAGGCGCCUCCCGUAUGCAUUUAUUAGACAACCUGCAACGGUAUAUCCCCUCUUCCGUCAUGAUUCCCCAACGUCGGCUUGCCACUCUUCUUCAGCAAUCGCGAUUAUACCAACGCCAGCGAUGCGUGUACCAUAAUCUCCCCACAAAUGCCGCAGACUUUUCAUUGUACAGUGAUCACCAGUGCGAUAAGUCGGGCUUUCCAAGGGUCACUACGACUAUUCUCGACGUGCACAGUGACGAAGUAUGGCAUAUUGAAUGGAGUCACGAUGGUGCGUAUCUUGCGAGCGCUAGCAAAGACAAAUCGGCCAUCAUUUGGAAGAUCGGUCCUGAAACAGAGCCUUCAAUACGACAAUGGGCUACGCACCAGAUCUUGCGGGAGCACCCGUACCCUGUGGGGUGUCUGGCAUGGUCAAUAGACGAUACUAUCCUUCUGACCAGUGCUGAGAACAUCAUAAAGUUGUGGAACGCCAAGACUGGCGUGUGCUUGAGAGUGCUCGACAAGCAUUCAGAAACAGUGACAUCCCUAGCGUGGCUGCCGGAUGGCUCGGGAUUCCUUUCCGCUGCUCUGGAUCGAAGGAUCAUACAUUGGGACGCGGAUGGUAAAGAGCGGGAUUCUUGGGGCACAACUGCCAUCCGGAUAACAAGUCUGGCUAUCACGCCUGACUUUACGCGAAUGGUGAUAGUCGGAAUGGAUUAUAUUUCCAAUACGCCUUCCGGAGGCUCUAGGGGAAGUAGUCGUCGUUCCGGGGAGUUCGCGACGAUAAACCCGACCGGCAAUGGUGGGAAUCCUGCCCAUGGGCCGGGGCAAUAUUCGGAUAACUGGCUUAUAACAUACGACUAUGCAACGAAGCAGGUAGAAUCAUCCGUGCGACUUGAAGGCGAAGUCACAAGUGUAAAGGUAUCCCAAAAUUCGCAGUAUGCAUUGAUCAAUCAUGCGCCAGAUGAAAUCCGUCUCUGGGAUCUAAAUCUUGGGCGUGUGGCACGCAAAUUUACUGGUCAAAGACAAGGCAGACAUGUUAUCCGAAGCUGUUUCGGGGGGAUGGAUGGAAACUUUGUUGUCAGUGGGAGUGAAGACGGCAAUGUAUACGUGUGGCAUCGUGAUACGGGGGCAUUACUCGAGGUCCUUCCUGGGCAUGGCGAAGGGAGUGUGAACUCCGUGGCAUGGAACCCUCGGAACGAGCGUAUGUUUGCCUCUUGUUCGGAUGAUCAUACGAUUCGGAUAUGGGAGGCGUUGGGUGAUGACUCCCCGCCAAUGAGUCCGGUUCUGGGCACAUAUGCUGGGAAGGAGAAGGGGAAGACCAGACAGCACUGGGAUGAAGACGGCGUGGAAUCCGGCUCGAGUGUGACGCGGCUGUGAUUCAUUGACCAAGUUCGUGCAUCUGAGGACUCUCUCUCUAGACUCCAACCAUACAUUCAUUCCUCCUUUUUGAUGGCCAUCCCACCUCAAGUUUUCUGUCCUACAUACCUAUCACUAAUACCAACGCUCUUUUAUUGUUCUUUGUAUUGGCUCCUACUUGGUUUUUUUUUCAUCCCCACAUCGCAUCUGAACCAUAUCCGUUUCCCUGCACA